ACUCAGCAACAGGAGACAGCAGCAUCUAUGCAGCCAGAAGCUCUGGUCACCUCUGUGCACACAGAUAGCUCUGUCAGUCCGGACAGGACACCCCAGAGAUGGGGAAUUCGUAUGCUGGACAACUCAAGACGACACGCUUUGAGGAAGUUUUGCACAAUUCCAUUGAGGCAUCUCUGAGGUCAAACAGCUUGGUCCCCCGUCCCGUCUUUUCCCAGCUGUAUUUAGAAGCCGAACAGCAACUAUCGUCGCUAGAAGGUGGUGGUGUGGAUAAUGACGACGAUGAGGAAGAUGAUGAUGGAUCAGGAUCAAGUAGUUCUACCCACUCGUAUCAGAACAAACCGCCCCCUGAAGGCUGCUGCACCACCGAUGGUUUCUGUCAGGCCGGUAAAGACUUGAGAUUGACAUCUGUUUUGGCUGACCAGUUCGAGGUGCCUCCCGGAUUUUUAUUGGUGGGCGCCAAGUCCCCUAGUUUACCGGAUCACAUUUUAGUGUGUGCCGUGGACAAAAGAUUUCUGCCGGAUGAUAAUGGCCGCAAUGCGCUACUAGGGUUUUCCGGCAAUUGUGUUGGAUGUGGAGAGAAAGGAUUUCGAUAUUUUACAGAGUUUUCCAAUCACAUCAAUCUGAAACUGACCACCCAGCCCAAAAAACAGAAACACUUGAAGUAUUACCUGGUCAGGAACACUCAUGGGGGCUUAACCAAAGGAGCCUUGAUUUCCUGGAAGGGGACAGAGGUGAGAAGCCGCCAUUCAUCUUCCAGUCUGUGCUCUAGCUCCGGGGUCGCCCAGCAGGACAGUUCUGUUCCCACCACGGUAAAUAAGAUGAGUGACCCCGCCGCACACGUGACAAGUGGGAGUCCUCUGGCAGGGGAUAAUGGAUAUCUACAAGCACAGAUCGGGAUGUCUUAUCAGAAUGUGAAUGGAACGUGUUGUCUCCAGAAGUCAGCAAAGGUGACUCCAUCGUUACCGGUCAGACCCACUGUAUUAGGAAAUGUGACUAAUUCGGGCCCUCCCAAAAAAAGGCACAAGGGUUGGUCUCCAGAGUCUCCCUCUUCCACAGAAGCCAGCUAUUCACAAAACAACUUUCUUAGCACAAGCAGCUGUGGGAAAGUUGAUACCUUAGGUCAGCUGUGUGCUCCUCAGUCCACUACUGGAAACUUGAUCCCCUCUCCCCUGGUGGCCACUGGAGAACCUGUGUGUAUACCAGACAACUUACUGAAGUCAUGCAUGUGUACGCCCGUCAUUUUUAAAGGUCAUGGGAACUUCCCUUAUCUCUGCGGUAAUGUGAAUGAUGUCAUCGUCAGCCCUCUCUUGUACAAUUGCUACAAGAGCUCACAGUCCAUGCCCAAAACCUAUGAGCAAUAUGGACCUACUACCAUACAGCCAAUCUCAGAGGAAAUGCAGCUCCUGCUGACAGUGUAUUACCUUGUCCAGCUCGGUCCAGAUCAGGUUCCUCUAAUAGAAGAUCUGGAACAAAUUUUCAUGCGUUCCUGGAGGGAAACACACCUUGCAGAGAUUCGUCAGUAUCAGCAAACCAUGUCGCAGGCUUUCCCCCACCUACCGAGCCCCAUCACCGCACUGACCGCCUCUCAGCUGCCCUGGUUGGCGGGAUUGGCUGCCAGUUCUUGCAAUGAAAGUGUUAAGAUCAUGGAGUGCAGUUAUUCGUUAGCAGAGGGACUCUCCGAGAUGUUCAAACUACUGGUGGAAGGAAAGCUGACAAAUACCAACUACGUGGUAAUAAUCUGCACAUCGAGACACAACUGCCUAGACUCCUGCAUUGUAAUAACAGGAAAGUACCAAGCCCGGAUGUUAAUUGAAAGUAUGUACUCUGCAGCUGAUUACCUGAAGGAGGUGAACUAUGAACUGGUUAGUGGGAAAGCUGAGUCUUUGCGAGCGUUCUUCAGUGCGCUCUGUCCAGAUGGAGACAUAGAUGUACUCCUAGACAAGUACUACCAAGAAAAUCACAGCCUUAUAUCGUCAACGCCAAAAAAAUCACAUGUGAAAACCAGGCCGGCUGCAUGCUCAAGUUAUAAUGCGGAUUGGCACCAGAUCCACCCCUCGCAGCUGGCCGUGGCACAGAAGCUGUUGUCUCACGUUUGCUCCAUCGCUGACUCCAGCACCCAGAACCUGGACCUGGGCUCUUUUGAGAAAGUGGAUUUUCUCAUCAGCGUUCCCCCGUCAGAGGUCACUUACCAGCAGACGCUGGCUUAUGUCUGGAGUUCAGGCGUUCUCCUAGAGCUCGGCUUAGAGAAGAGUCAGCUCACUAAGCAGUUUAUGGAGCAAUACGUCAUGAAGCUGGACGCCGACUCUCCCAGGAAAUUUAAGGCAUUUCUGCAAAAAGCAUCCGAGAACCCACACACGCUGUUUGUCCUCGUUCAUGACCACGCUCAUUGGGAUCUCACCAGCUCCGUAUGCAGUUCGUAUCCACAGAACGAGGCCUCCAUCGGGAUCGUUGAUAGGCUAUUGAACUGCAGGGAGGUAAAGGACUCGCCCAAUAUUUUGGUUCUUCACGUGACCUCCUGCCCCUACGCCCUGCAGACCCAGAACACUCGCAUCAGCCCCUACAAUGAGAUCCACUGGCCUUCAUCAUACAGUCAUGGAAUGGAGGCGUACCAUGGAAACAGGAAGUACUUUGGCCUGUCGCAGUACAUCGAAUCCACACUCUCCGGGCACACUCUUCCUCUUCUGCGCCAUGACAGCUCGUUUGAAGCCAUUGCGCUGGCAUUAGGAAAAAGGUUUCCCAUACUGCACAGCGCUGUGAUCCGGACCUUCCUUCUCAUCCAACAUUACUCCUCCGCCCUGAUGGCAGUGUCUGGUCUGUCUCAGAUGAAGAGUUACACCUCAGUGGAAACGGUUGAGAUUGUUCAGAACCUGCUGAGCUCCCCCAAGCAGUGUGCCAGCAGCCAUGGACCCAUGGUUCUCUUAAGGAUCCCUUGCAUUCCGCUGGCCACAUUAGCUUACGAGCGCCUCUGUCAUGUUAGAGAGCGACUCGGAUUGCAGCAUCGAUUUGAAGUUGUAUUGGGGGCGGCCAACUCGACAGUCACUAUCGGGAAGCACUUUGUGGACCAGCUGAAGGUCUGGCAAAAGAAGGAAGAUGAAGACUGGCAGCCACGGACAUACCUAGAACUUGAGGGCCUGCCGUGUAUUCUGAUAUGCAGUGGAACGGAUCCUCUUGGCGAAUCUUUACCAAGAUCCUUAAGAUACUGUGACCUCCGUCUAGUACAGUUCAGUACCUGGGAGAGAACGACAGUGGAACAAGAGUUGGGAUUUGCUUCAUGUUUUAUUAAUACAACAUUAUCUCAGGACAGAGGAUUGGGCAGGAGUACGAUGGACAGCGACCCAGACAAGCAAAACAGCACCGACAAUGAGGAUGAGGAGAUGGGGAUAGACGGAUCGGCUGCCGGCAGCGAAUCAUCAUAUUCAGCAAUGGUGGAGGACACAGUAAAACCGACUCAACAAUCAGGAGUUUCCAACAGUGAAGACUGUGUCGUUACAACGGAAAGGCUGAGACUAUCGCCGGAUAAGAACACCACGAAACCUCCUGUAGUCAUAUGUGAACCACCUGACAGUAACAUCUCCAAUCUGACUGUAAAGAACAAUCUAAGCUCAGUAUCCACGACCUCUUCUACUACAUCUUCCUGCUUUCACAGUGGGGUGAGCUUGCAGAUCUCACAGUGUGCUAUGGCUAAGACUUAUAAACAGCCACCUGUUGUGUUUCUUCCUAAACUGGUGUAUGACAUUAUUACCUCCACUGACAGCAGUGGGCUGUCUAAGUCAUCAUCCUUCCUACCCUAUUGUGAUGUUUCUUGGGCCAGUUCCUUUCGCCCGCUGCUGAGCAAGGUUAUGACUUGCACCGAACAGUCCCUCUAUUACCGCCAAUGGACGGUGCCAAAACCAAGCCACAUGGACUACUGCAAUGUUAAUGAAGGCAGAAUGGAUACCUUCCAUCCGAGAAGAUUACUACUCAGUGGGCCACCACAGGUGGGGAAAACAGGAGCCUAUCUCCAGUUCCUUAGUGUCUUGUCCAGAAUGCUAAUCCGGCUGACCGAGGUGGACGUGUACGACGAGGAGGAGAUUAAUAUCAACCUCACGAAACAGCCUGAGCAGCCUUUUCAUCAGAUGACGGACACAUGGCCAAGUGUGGACCAUGUUAAGAAGAUGCCCUUUGACUACAUUCUGCAUGAUGCCAAGUACGAAGAUGCCAGCGUCAUUAGUUCCGACUUUCAGCAUUCUGACACUGAAGAUAAACCAAGAAAUAGAAAACAUGAAGACUUAUAUGUCCGGCGCCCCACAACACGGAUGAGAUUAUCUAAAUAUGCCUCUUAUAACACUUACCACCACUGUGAGCAGUGUCACCAGUACAUGGGAUACAACCCCAGGUUUCAAAUGUACGAGUCAACAUUGCAUGCUUUUGCAUUCUCCUAUUCUAUGCUGGGGGAGGAAAUCCAGCUGCACUUCAUCAUACCUAAAUCCAAGGAGCAUCAUUUUGUGUUUAGCCAGCCAGGCGGCCAGCUGGAGAGCAUGCGGUUACCGCUCAUAUCAGAUAAGAGUACUGACUGCAUGAAAAGUCCCAUCUUCACCCCCACGACAGGCCGCCACGAGCACGGCUUGUUUAAUCUGUACCACGCCAUGGACGGAAGCAGCCAUUUGCACAUUUUAGUUGUCAAAGAGUAUGAGAUGGCCAUCUAUAAAAAAUACUGGCCAAACCACAUCAUGCUGGUCCUGCCUAGUAUUUUCAACAGUGCUGGAGUAGGAGCUGCUCAUUUCCUAAUUAAGGAGCUCUCUUAUCACAACCUGGAGCUGGAGCGGAACAGACAAGCUGAGUUGGGGGUCCGGCCCCAAGACGUCUGGCCUUUCGUAGUCAUUGCUGAUGACUCCUGUGUGAUGUGGAACACUGUGGAAGUCAGUGUGACAGGCGGCCACCAGAGGGAAUGCUUGUGGACUGAGAGAAAUGUGUCUUUAAAGUACAUUCUGCAGCACAUGGAGGCCACCCAGGACAUUGCUCAAUAUGCCCUGCUCGGGAUGCGUAAAUGGACGAGUAAAACCAAAAGCAGAGACAUGAGUGACCCUUUCUCUCGCUGCCAUCUGCACGACUUUAUCCUCCUUAAUGUGGACCUCACGCAGGAUGUACAGUAUAACCAGAACAGGUUCACCUGUGAUGACGUGGACUUUAAUCUGAGAGUGAACAGUUCGGGGCUGCUCAUAUGUCAGUUCAAUCGUUUCAGUGUCAUGAAGAAGCAAAUUGCGCUGGGAGGACACCGAUCUCUGCACAUUAAGCCAAAGGCUCUUGAUUCGUCAAUGUCUGUUUCGCCGGCACACUACAUCUGUGCUCCGGAUAGCAAGCACACCAUCCUGGCUGCUCCCGCUCAGCUACUACUGGAGAAGUUCCUCCAGUCUCACAGCCAGCGAUUCUUUCCUCUGUCAGUGAAUAAUACCAGCCACCCGGUGCUCAUUGUCAAUUGUUACCUGAACCUGGGACCUCAGAUGACGGUCUGCUAUGUAAGCUCACGUCCUCACUCUGUUAAUGUCAACUGUGCGGGGGUGACGUUCAGCGGGCUCCUGCUGCACCUAAGCGACUCCUUCGUUGUUGCGAGUUUCUUGAAAAAGUUCCAGUUUCUAAAAGGUGCCACCCUGUGUGUUGUGUGCCAGGACCGCAAUUCGCUCCGCCAGACAGUAGUUAGAUUAGAAUUGGAGGACGAGUGGCAGUUCCGUCUACGGGAUGAGUUCCAAACAGCCAACGCUAAGGAGGACAAACCCUUGUUCAUUUUGACUGGGCGCCAUAUAUAAAGCAGUGGUCUGUACCAUGGACAGCUCGUCACAUGAACCUUACCCAGCAUUCACCCUUACCUGUAUUUUACACGUAGAGAAAACUACUAUUUUUAUUUUUCACUGGAAAAAAACUGGGUUGUAUUGCUAACGCCAACAAGCCACAAUACCGGACGUGGUAAAUGUUUUAGAGUGGACACAAAUCCAUGUGACUUUUAUUCUUAGUCUUAUUUGUAUUUAAAUGUAUUUGUAUAUAUUUCCAAGCACUGAGGAUCAGGGGCUUUUGUAUCUUUAUUUUUCUGAAAACGUUGUUGCAAUUCCAGCUUGUGUUUAAUUUGUAUUGUGUUAAUAUCUACUGUAUGAUUAGAGUAUUUUAAUUUUAAAGAGGAUGUAUGACAUUGUUACAAAAAAUGGUUUGAAGAUUGUUAAGAGGUACCAUGAGGGAGGUGCUACAGGUAGUCCCGCCCAUGAGGAGCAGAAUGAGAUGCUAUAGAACAAUUCCCACCCAUUGAGUGCCACAGGCUUAUCCAUUAUGUAGUUGGUUUGUAAUGAGAUCAUCACAUUCUGAUAAUGGUGGUGACUGGCAUCAAGAAAGUUCAUUAUUAUCAAUACUUUAAAUAUAUUCAUAAUUCUGAAAGAAAACUUUACAGCUCUGAAAAUUUGACAACUAAUUUUUCUAUUACCGACCUGUUUUUCGAGAAUAUAAAUUUCUAAGGCUUGCUCACUGAAUUGGAAUUUUGCUUGUCAACACAAUUUGCAAAGAUAAAUUUAAAUUCAAUGAAGUAUUCCUAGGUAAGGAUGGCCGUAGGUGUGCACCCUUUCGAUUAUUACCAUCGAUGGAGAAACCAGAGGGAACCAUCAAUGUUAUUAAACUAUUUAAUGGUGUACCAUCAAUGGUUCGUCUGGGAACGCAGCUGUUUGCAUUGACCCGUCAUGACACUCCUAUAGUACGCCCAAUGAAUGGACCAUUUUUGAGCACACUUCCCAGUGGCUGCACAGGAACACCCAUCACUUUUCAGCCACAUUUCUGAGAACGUCGGUCUUGAUCGCAACAGCGCUUUUGUGUGUACACUCUGUGCAAUGCAUGCACCAUGGGGGUUUUCCGAAAUUUUUGCGCAUGUGCAGAAGCAAAUAAUCGCUCACCUACCUGAACAUCGGCAUUGCGUGCCGAUUGUGUGAUCUCAGAACCAGACCUAUAAUAUGAAAUACAAAUCCCCAGACGACAUUCAGCAUCAGCUUUCGGAGCCCCCAAUCACAGGUGGAAUAUCCGAGAAGGCGGGCAGUGCGCGCUAAUGAAUGGGGGCGUUUCUGCUAGUUAGAAAACGACUUGGUAUAUUUUAAGUUUGCAUGUUAAUCUUAAAUGACAUUUUUUGUAAGUAGUGUAUGUGCUAUGUGCAGUAUUGUUUGUCUAAAUUAAUAUGUACAAUGUUUUCGUUUUUUUUAAAUAAAAUAAGUAUUAUGUACAGAUCAUCAUUUUAUUUGACCCAAGACUUCUUUGUUGGGCCCAUGGGUAAUAAUAAACACAGAGAAUACCCUAUAAGUAACAUCAUGUUCUACUUUCAUUUCAAGUGUUCUACACUUUAAGCUCUAAGGGCCAGAUGUACUAAGCCUUGAAAAGUGAUUAAGUGGAGAGUGAUAAAAUACCA